AUGGGAUUUCGACGCUCUCGCCGGUCGAAAGUUGUCCAUGAUGACCCGUCUGAUCCUGAUGCUGACGUCCCAACUAGAACUACGAGGCCUACUCAACACACUGCUGCUCAAGCUUCAGUAUCCGUCUCAAGAUCAGCAUCUGAUUCCCCCGAAGAGCCACGCAGAUCUCUUCGUCUCACAUUAAAAAUGCCCGCUGGCAAAUUGCGCGAUGCCACUGGUGGCCGGCCUGCACGCCGCUCAGUCAAUGUCUUCCAAGAGAAUCCUAUCGUCUCUGGUCCUCGAACUAGUCGCAAUCAGAAGAAGAUUGUAGAGGUAGCCACAUCGGAUGAUGAUGACAUUGACGACCAAGAGGAAGAUGAAGUUGAAGAUGAAGAUGCCCCCGGUGAGGAUGAUGAAGAUGCAGAUGCAGAUGGCGAUGUGGAUAUGGACGAUGCUCCCCCACAACCGCCAGCGAGGCGCAAUGUCAAACCAGCUACAUCCAGUCGUGGAAAAGGAGCCAAGAGUGUCGAAGAGAAAGAGAUGGAAUUAGAAGAAGAGGAAGAUGAUGAAGAGGAAGAAAACAUUUCAGACACCGAUUCGGAUGCCGAGGGCGAGCCUGACGAUCAAGACGAGAGCGCCGUCCCAGAUGUCAAUGUUGAUGAUUUGGACGAGGAGGACGAAGAAGACGACUUGGAUGAUGAUAUGGACAGCGAUGCGAUGGCUAUGGACGGUGGCAAGCAAACCAAGCGUCAACGUGGAAGUCUGGGCAACGAUUUCCUCCAACUCCCAAUGGAACCCCAAGUCAAGAAGCACCUGACGGCUGAGGAGCGUGCCAUGCGACGAACUGAAAUGGCUCGUCGCAGAAAGAACCUGAGUGAGAAGCGUAACGAAGAAGAAAAGAUGGAUACGAUCAAUCGGCUUCUCAGAAAGCAACCUCCGAAGCGACGCGGGCGAGCGGCAGCUGAUGGAUCUGGAUACACUCCGGGCGAUCAGGAGGCUGCAGAACCUGAGAAGCCGGAUCCCACAAUGGUGCGAUGGGUCAGCAACGCCAAAGGCUGCAAACUGAUCGUACCGGAGGAAUGGCUUGGUACACCGGCUGGGCGACUGUUCGGACCACCCAACACUGGGAACGGAAAAAUGGUGGAAGAGCUGUAG